AUGUACACCACCGCCUCGCCAGGGCGCAGCGCGUCGCAGUCUGCGUAUGGCUUCGCCACGCCCGUGCGCGCCUCGACCUCGACGCACCCGGCAUACUCGCAGGCGCUGACGCCGUCGGACGCUUCGUCCAAGGCGGUGCGAUUCCAGAACCAGCCUCUCGCGCCGCAGCAGCAAACUGCGCACCAGCCGCCAGCCAACACCUUUUCUACUCCAGCCCGGCCCACGUACGGCUCGCCUGCCGCCAUCUCCACAUCUUCGACCGUAGCGCAGUCUCCGCGUCCCGCUGCGUCGGCUGCCAAACCGUCCGCCGCGCCGCCCAGCGUGCCCGUUCGCACGCCGUCUGCGUCGGGCGGCGCGUCUUCGAUCGCACUGUCGCGUCGGCUCAAAUGGAAUCUGGGAGCGCUGUGCCUGCUGUGGAUCGUACCGGCGCUAACGAGUCGGCCGCGCGACGCAUACUGGUACGUGCUCGACCUGGUGUACAUGCACGUGGGCGGAACGACCGACGAGCUCGUCGACGCCAUCGUGGCGUGGAUCCUGUGGGCCAUCAGCGUUGUGCUCGUGUUCAACCUCGUCGAAGCCACAGUGCUCAUGCGUCGCUCCACCUCUUCUACCUUGACGGCUCCCGCUGCCAAUGGCGCUGCCACCGGCGCUGCGGUGGGUCGGGGUGCGGUGCUGGGAUUCCAGUCACCGCAAGUGGCCAAGUCGAUCAACUUUGUGGCGGCCAGUCGGAUGAGGGGCUCACCCAAGACACGCACCUCCAACAUUGGACCCGGCUCGCCCAUUUCGCACCCAAAGCGCGACUCGCCCACACAAGCCGCAGCGAAUGCAUCGGCGUCCAUGGACUACUCGCAGUUCUCGCCGUCAUUGCGACGCACUUCGAGUCCGGGCUCGUCGCCUGUCGCUGCAGCUAGGGCGAGCACACCGGCUACGCACGAGUUUGGAGUGGCAGCAGCAGCGAGCUCGUCGCCACUGGCGGCGUUCCGGGCGCGUCACUCGGGAGCUGCACCGCGCGCGUCACCCUCACCAUCGUCAUUGCGCUCGCGAUCCGUCACACCAGCAGCAGCAUCGUGGACGGAGCCAGAGGUGAGCUUCGAGCAGGACGACGCAAACGACACGUUCCUGGGCGACGAGAGCUUCGAAGUCGACCGUGCACUGCGCAGUCUUCGUGGCUCCAUGGGCGCGAUCUCUUCCACACCCGCUGCGUAUCGAUAA